AUGGCAGACACUCUUCUGCGCUCCAUUCCUGCAGAGAUCCAGCACCCCUACUCUAAGUUUUCUGACUGGAAGUUCAAACUCUUUCGGAUUAAAUCCUUUGAGAGAGCUCCUUUGGCCCAAGACAAAGAAAACCAGCCAGUAGAACAGACAGUGUCACAGUCUCCAGAAGAAGCUGAGAUGGCAGAUGAGAAACCUCCCUCUGCUAGUGUCAUGAAAGUAUGUUUAGGUGGGAAGUCAUUUGAUAACAACCGAGUGGACCUGAAGAUCGUGGAGAUUGAAAUGCACAUGGCGCACUUAAGACGUCUGUGUAGACUGUGUGGUGGUGCAUUGAAAAGAGACAGGACCAACCUGGAGCAUGAGGUCCAAGGUGCUUUGGAUGAGAUGAGCCGAGAGGCACUGAAGAAGAUGGGUUGCAAGGCCAGGGCCUGGCCAGAGGUCAUAUUGAAGGUUUUUAAGGUAGAUGUGACUGGAGACCUGGAGACUGUCCACCCCAUAUUUUUCUGUCAUGGUUGCUGUAAGGUCGCUAUCAGAGGAGGUGGCUUCUGCUGCUUCUCUCGAAUCCGAGUUCCCCAGUGGAUGCCUCACUCUGCACAGUGCAGGUUGUGCUCCCGGGUUGUGGGUUCUCUUAAAAGAAAGAUCAAGCCCCAGGCAGCUCAGCUAGCCAAGAGAGCUAAAGUGGACCUCAAGGAAAACAGAAGCCGUCGGUCCAAUGCUCACGGUCAAGCAAAAUUCUGGCCCAAAUCUCAAAGUCAAAGGAGCUUCUGGGUAAAGAAGAUCACCCACUGCAAGAAGGUUCACCUUGAAUCCAGGCUCUUGGCAGUCGACUAUCCUGUUGACUUUGUGCGGUCUGUCUCCUGCCAGGUCUGUAAUCAUCUGCUGGCCGACCCUGUCCAGUCCUCUUGCAAGCACCUCUUUUGCAGGACCUGUAUCCUGAAGUACAUUCGGGCUCUGGGAACGCACUGCCCUGCUUGUAGGGAACCCUGCAUCCCGACGGAUUUGGUGACCCCAGCCAAAGCUUUCAUGAAUGUUAUUUAUUCACUGGUGGUCCGGUGUCCUUUGGAAGGCUGUAAGGAGCAGGUGAGGCUGGAACACUAUGGAACCCACACCCUCAGUCAUCAAGAGGUCAAAGGCAAUGAAGUCUAUUCACCCAUCAAUAAGGGGGGGCGCCCGAGGCAGCACCUGCUCUCUCUAACCCGAAGGGCCCAGAAACACAGACUGAAGGAGCUAAAACACCAGGUGAAAAUCUUUGCAGAUAAAGAGGAAGGAGGGGACAUCAAGUCUGUCUGCCUAACACUCUUCCUACUGGCCCUGAGAGCUGGCAACGAGCACAGACAGGCUGAUGAACUAGAGGCAAUCAUGCAAGGUAGAGGAUCCAGAUUGCACCCAGCUGUAUGUCUAGCCAUUCGGGUGAACACCUUCCUGAGCUGCAGUCAGUACCAUAAAAUGUACAGGACAGUAAAAGCAACCAGCGGAAGGCAGAUCUUUCAGCCCUUGCAUGCCCUCCGUAAUGCAGAAAAGGUUUUGCUGCCAGGAUACCACCCGUUUGAGUGGCAGCCAGCCCUAAAGAACGUCUCCAGCAGCACAGAGGUGGGGAUUAUUGAUGGGUUGUCAGGCUGGACAGUUUCUGUGGAGGACUCUCAAAUGGACACUAUUGCUCGCAGGUUCCGCUAUGAUGCUGCCUUGGUUUCAGCCUUGAAGGACCUGGAGGAAGACAUCCUGGAAGGCGUUAAUGAGCAAGGACUGGACGACUCCUCCACAGAGGUCUUCACAGUGGUGAUCAAGGAGUCAUGCGAUGGAAUGGGCGAUGUGAGUGAGAAACACGGAGGUGGACCAUUGCUCCCAGAGAAAGCUAUCCGCUUCUCCUUCACCAUCAUGUCUAUUACCACCAAGAACGAAGAUGGAGAAAACAUAAAUGUCUUUCAGGAACACAAGCCAAACUCAGAGCUCUGCUGCAAACCCCUGUGUUUGAUGUUUGCAGAUGAAUCUGACCAUGAGACACUGACGGCUAUUCUGGGUCCAGUGCUGGCCGAACGGGAAGCCAUGAAAGAGAGUCGCCUGAUCCUGGAGAUUGGUGGGCUGUCUAGGUCCUUUCGAUUUAUCUUUAGGGGCACAGGGUAUGAUGAGAAGCUGGUGAGGGAUGUUGAAGGAUUGGAGGCCUCAGGGUCAACCUAUAUCUGUACCCUUUGUGAUGCCACCAGAGGUGAAGCUGCCCAGAAUAUGGUUCUUCACUCUGUCACCAGGAACCAUGAGGAGAACCUAGAUCGCUACGAGAUAUGGCGGUCCAAUCCCUACUCGGAGUCAGUGGAUGAACUCCGUGACAGAGUGAAGGGAGUUUCAGCCAAGCCCUUUAUGGAAACGCAGCCUUCCAUUGACGCCCUUCACUGUGACAUUGGCAAUGCUACAGAGUUCUACAAAAUAUUCCAGGAUGAAAUAGGGGAAGUCUACCAGAAUCACAACCCUACCCACGAGGAGAGGAAAAGGUGGCAAUCUGCCCUAGACAAGCAGCUGAGGAAGAAGAUGAACCUUAGACCUGUCAUGAGGAUGAAUGGCAAUUUUGCCCGCAAGUUGAUGACUAAGGAGACAGUAGAAGCUGUCUGUGAGCUUGUCCCAUCUGAAGAACGAAGAGAGGCCCUCAGGGAGCUUGUGCACCUUUACAUCCAAAUGAAGCCUGUCUGGCGUGCCAACUGCCCAGCCAAAGAGUGCCCAGACUUGCUCUGCCGUUACAGCUUCAACUCACAGCGCUUUGCAGAGCUCCUCUCCACUACCUUCAAGUACAGAUAUGAUGGAAAGAUCACCAACUACCUCCACAAGACCUUGGCCCAUGUGCCUGAAAUCAUUGAAAGGGAGGGUUCCAUAGGGGCCUGGGCCAGUGAGGGCAAUGAGUCCGGGAACAAGCUCUUCCGUCGGUUCCGCAAGAUGAACGCCAGGCAGUCCAAGUGCUAUGAGCUGGAGGACAUUCUCAAGCAUCACUGGCUUUAUACUUCCAAGUACCUCCAAAAGUUUAUGGAGGCACAUAAGAACUCAGCCAAAGCCUUAGAGGCCACAAUAAAUCCUGUGGAGACCCAGGACGAUGCUAUCAAUCUGAUAGACUCCUUGGAGUUUUGAUCAAGCCAAAACUAUGCUAGAAAAGGGCUGUUCUACCUAGAAGUAUUUCACAUCAGUCAUCUCCUACCGGUAUCCUGUGGCUUGGGAGUUUGAAGGCAGAGUUCUUCAAAUAGGCUAUACCAGUCAGGUUAGGGGAAGACAUUCUGAACUAAUUCAGUUUCGUUAGUGGAAGGGUUUAGUCCUGAUUGAGCCAACCUGGUUGGUUUGUUUGUAAGAAAACAAGGUGGAAUGAGCUAUGUCUGAUAUAGACUAUUUUGGCCCAUAUUUUUUCUGACUACAAUUAGAGAGUUUAUGUGAAAUUUAAAAAAAAAAUAAGGAUAGGUUUGCACAAAGGUUAUUUAGGUUCAAAGAACCCAACUCAAUUUCUGUUUUUAUUUGAAAACUGUGAUGGUUAUCCUUUUGUUGACCUACUGUUGUUUUGGAAAAAGUUUAGGAGAGUUAAGGUAAGGUCAUAGAAAGGAAAAAUAACUGCAUCAAUUUUACUGUAAUAAGCCCUAUUCACAGGCCCUCGCCCAUUUUGGGUUACUCUGGUAACUCCUAUAGUUUUGUUUUUCAACUGUUUAAAAGCAGUUGAGCAAAGUAUAAUAUUAAGCUGAUCGUGUUUCUUACUUGAGUUAAUGAACAAUUUAUCUUGAAAGAUGUUAACAUUUUUGCAGGUCUUUUUAAUGGGAUGUUAAUUAAUUUAUUUGUAUUCAUGGUUGGUAACUUUUUAGAAAAAUGCUAGGUAAAUUUUAUAAGGUGGUAGAUUAUUUAAAGAAAAUUGUCACUAGAGCAUGUAUAAAACUAGUUUAAUGGUUAAAAUACAUGUGUCUUGGUUAGUUUUUUUAAAAUAAAUGUGAAAAGGGUUUGAAUAUCUAUUUUGUUAUUGUUGAAUUACAUUAUUAACUUGUUAGGCCCCGUACCCCUUUCCAAAUAAUCUAGUCUACCGCGUACCCCUAUCUGAUAUAGGGUCAUAAUAUACCUAUGAAAACAGGGAAAAAAAUAUGUUUUUUUUCUAAUUACUAGAUUAAGUACUUGCAAAACCUCUUAACUUUAGACACCAGAAGCCAAUAACGGCUUGUUAGAAUGAGGCCAAUUAGAUCGCAAGCCAAUAUUUCGGUUUCAGAUUUGUAAUGUGUUGCAGGGCAGAUUUCAGUAAAGCUAAGCCCUGAUUAGUGAACAAUACAGCCAUGCACAGAGGGUAUGAAAUUCUGUAUUUUAAAAAAUUAACCAAUAGGACUUUAAGUUACAAAAAACUUUAAGCGGGCCAUUAAAAAAAUGCAUCUCGAUUUGUUGGUUCAGAAGGCACACAGGAAAGGAGGAUGGGCUAGAGUUUAGCCAAGUACUAAACUGUAAAGUACUGUAAAUGGAAAACUGCUGUUAAAAACUAACAAAAUAAAAUACAAUUUUCAUACUCCAAUAAGUAUGCCGACACGAGUCAAAAUUAAGAGUCCAAAAACAAAACGUUAAAAUUUACAAGGUUCAAAUUUAAAACAAAAUCAGAAAGCAAUUCUGAACAAAAUUCAUGCAUUUCUUCCAAUAAAUGAAAUGUAGAGAGAAAACAGAUGGGGCAGUUUGCAUAAUAACAUUUUAAAAAGUUACAAGUAUAGGCAUUUUUUGGUUUUUUCAAUUGAACUAAUUUUUUCGUAGAACACUUGUGCAGGGACAAUGUAAAAUGCUGUGUGUGUCUUGUGCGAUAUCGAAUCCAGCCAGAAUAAGCACAUUGUUGUGAAGUGAAUAUUUACAAAAGCUAAUUUGUUGUAAGCAGAAAGUGGAUAUUUAAUCAGGCAGUCAAAAAUUACUUUUAUCUAAAUGCUUACAUGUUAAAGUGUUUAGUGCAGAAGUCUGUUCAUGUUAAUCAGCUGUAAGACAAUUAAAGCGUGUUGAUGUGCACUCGCUGUAUGAUAUGAACACACUCAGUAGGUCUGGAGUAGGGAAUCCAAUUCCAGACACUUUUCCCAAUCCCAGGAUUUUGGGAUUUUUUUUUUUUUUUUAAUCCUGGGGUUCCAUUUUUGUAAUAAUAAUAAUAUUAUGCUUUUGCUUUUAUUAAUAAUUACCGGUGUGGAGACAUAGGGUAAUGCACUCACACGAUAAAGCAGUUCUUCAAUAAAUUAAUUAAUAAUGAUAUAAACACUUACAAGCACUGCAAGUAAAGAUAAGUCAUGUCAUUCCAGCUCUAGCUCAGAACAAGUGAGUGAUUUCACUGUCCAAGCAGGGCAGCCCAGCUGCCAGCUCAACUCAGUAAUACUGUUAUUUAAAAAUGUAAACGUAGAUAAAACACUGAACUGAUUAAACUAAUAACACUGAACAUUUAAACUCCAGAUAGUAAACUUACCUAGUAAAUACUGCACAUUUUUAAAAGAAGCAACAUCGCACAAUGACAAUCUGAGUUGUUUUUGUUUUUAGCCCACAGACUGCAGCACCACUGCCCUGCUAUUUAAAUAUGUAAAUUAGCCAUGUGUGCACUCAACGCUCACUCACUGUCAGCAGCCGGCUGGGUGUUUAUAGAGUUCACCUCGCCCAACAGAAAGGAAAUGUUCACCAGUACAGUUGCGGUUUUAUUUGA